AUGGUGGCGAGCCUCUCCACCGUCGUAAGAUCAAAGGACAGCCAGUUCACGUGGGUUGACUGCCACUCGCCGGAGGCGUCUUCUCCAUCUCCGUCACCGUCGUCGUCCUCCUCCUCCGCCAACAGCACCUUCUGGUCCAACGUCGACGCGCUACUGGACGCGCUCCCCGCCUUCGUCCGGGGACUCUGCCGCGGCGACACCACGCCAGCCCGCUGCGCCACGUACCUCCGGGACGCCGCGCGGAGCAUCCGGAGCCGCUGCAACGACAGCAGCCGCCGCGCCGCCAUCUGGUACGACGACGGCUCCGGCGUGACGAUCCCGGCGCCGAUGUACUGCUUCGUCAGCUACGCGGACACCAACGCGUCCACCGCUUACGAGGACGCGUUCCGGCAGCCGUUCCAGAACGCCGUCGUGGUCUCCGACAAGGACGGCUUCGAGAGAAGCUACAACGCCCGUCGUCAACGGCUCCGACGGCACGGCGUCGCCGGCGCCGGCGCCGAUGGUCGCGACGGGGGCGGCCGUGUAUGA